AAUCGUUCCUUCUUUAGCUUUCAACAGAUUUCAGCGUUAAUUCCGUGAGAGAACAAAAAAGGCUACAAAAAAAAAAAAAAGAGACGAGACUUUUUGCCGAUAUCUCCUGAUGCCACCGCCGCCGAGCCCCGAUGGCCAGAUCUCCGGCGAGCCGCCGCCGCCGAAGGCCAAGACGAAGAUUCUCUCUCUAUUCCUCAUCGGUGUUAUCAUGAUCUUUAUAACCUCUCUCUUCUUCGUCCUCCUCGGUAUUGCCUCCGUCAUCCUCCUCCCUCUCCUCCUCUCAUCCCUCCACCGUCACCACCGUCGCCGCCGCCGCAUCCUCCAUCGCCGCCGCGAAUCCGCAAACGGGUUUUCCUCGAGACGCGUGAAGAAGCUUCCCCAAUUCAAAUUCUCCGAGCCCACACGGUACGGGAGCGAUUGCGUCGUCUGUCUCGACGAGUUCAGACAAGGGCAAUGGUGUCGGAGGCUUGUCGGAUGCGGCCAUGUUUUCCACCGGAGGUGUGUGGAUUCAUGGUUGGUCAAAGUCGCAGCAUGUCCGGUUUGCAGGGCUAGGGUUAGAUUGGACGAGGAAGACGAGCAAGGAGGAGACUUUUGGGCAUGUUUUGGUCAGAGAAGGAGUAGUUUGCUAGAUUUAAUCAUGAGUAAGAUUUACUUCAGACAUGACGAUGAUGAUGAUGAUGAAGAUGACGCAGCUUGAGUUCGUCCCGUGAGACAGAAGUCAUAGUCUGCAUUCUUCAUUGUUGUUUAUGAAAUUUUCUUGAACUCUCUCUAACAUGAGGUGAGUAAUCCUUUCAUUUGUUUGUGUCACGAGUUCUUCGAUUCUCUCAUCAGUGAGAUAUAUAUAUAUAUAGACGUAUGUAUACACACACACACAUACUGCGACGGAUAUGGGCAGUUCUGAAUUGAAUGGUGGUUUGAGAUGGUGAUCAUGUUGGACAAAAAGGUGGUGAAUCUCUCUUCUUCAGCUUGUAGUUUCUGUUCCCUCUAAUGAAGACUUCUACAGUAGAAGUUCUACUCCAUAUUCAAGCUGAUGGGGAUGAUGAUGAUGAUGAUGAUGAUGGUAUGGUUGAUAUGGUUAGCAUGCAAGUGAUGAUCUUCAACACACUAUCUAGUUUUCCUUUUGCAAAACCUCAGUUGUUUUGGUGUGUGUUGUUGAAUCUCCUCGUGGAGUUUGUAAACCAAUCCCUCAAAACUCUCUUGUGAACAAGAGGAAUCUCAUGUCCUUUUACUAUUCCCUCUCUUCCUCCUCGGUGUAAAAUGGGCGGGUCGGGUUGGAUCUGAAUCGGACUCGACUCGGGCCUAGAAUGUUUUGGAUCGGGCUGGGCAGGCCCGAUAAAACUUGCAU